UGAAAUAAUGAACAGCAACAAUACAAAGCAAAAACAUUGAAAAGGCUGAAUGAUGCUGAAGAAAGGCAAUUCGUUUUAUGGUUGAUUAUUGUGUGGUUGGAAAAUGUUAUCAUCAUCAGUUGGCAAUCUAAUCAUUCUGGCCAUUGCCACUGUAAUGGCAACCAAUUCAACAAAAAAAGAUGAAAUCUGCGAAAGAUUGCGCCAAAAUGAUAGUGCCCAUCUCAAUAUAUUGGCCGUGGGAAAAACGGACAAACGAUUAUUAUUGAUAACAAAGGAUUUCUAUGUUUAUGACACACCGCUCAAAUCAUUGGAUUCGGAUAUAGAUAAAUUAUAUCUCAAAACACAACCAAUACCACUGCAGGAGAAAUAUCCUCAACUUUAUUAUAAUGUAUAUUUCGAUACUAUUAAAGAUGUUAUAUCCCUUGCAUGGAUUAUGAAUGAUCCGGAUAGUGAUUGGAUUUGUUUAGUACCGCUACGUGAAACUGGUUUAAUAGGUGUUAAUUAUGAUAUUGAUAAUUCAGAACCGAGACCGGGAUUUCAAAAUCGUGAUCGUGAUGAUAAUCCAUUAGUAUUGCUAUCAACAAAUCGACCAUGUCAAUAUUAUUCAUUACGGUUUAAUCAUGGUCUUUUAAUGAAUCGUUGGCAUUGUGUUGGUGGUGAUAGUCUUCGUACAACUAGAGGAAUAGGACCGAUAUAUACAACUGAUUCGAUUUUAUGUUCAGAUUCGAGAGAUAGUGGCAAUAUUACUGCCCAAAGAUUAGUUAAAGAUGAACAAGGAAAUGUCAUAAUCGAAUGUCAUCGCGGCAAUCCACUGAAUUGGCCAAUAGUGAAAGGAUUUGUUACCGAUGAUAAAUUUUAUCUAUUUGGCCGAACCAAUAUCUAUAUAUUUAGUGAACAAGUUUAUCAUAACCACGGAGCAGAAUAUCCGGUCCAAAAACGUAGUUAUGAUUCCUUUUUCAAUUGUGCCGGUUUCAUUCCACCAAGUUUUCUUUCGAAAUCCUAUUUUUAUUGGAUAAUGGGAGCAAUCAUACUGUUAUUGUUGAUAUUGAUGAUAAUAUUAUGGUGUAUAUUGGUCUCUCGUCGUCGUCAUCGUCGUCCAGCAACAGUGUCAUUGAUACAUGCAAAAACCACACGUUCAGGACUGAAUAGUGAACUAAAUGUGGCAAAAAUGUCGACAAAUAUGGCCACCACAAGAAGUAAAAGUAUGACACAACAAACCAUCCAAUCUAUUUCGAUGGCAAGCAGUCGUCCAAAUCGACCGUCAACCUUAACGGGUGGAUUAUCGGGUGGAUCAGCGCACGUAACGGCUCGCACUGGCCUUGAUCAGAAUGCCAGUACCGAAAUGCUCGGAACUAGCGCCAGUAAACCUAAUCAAUUGAAACGUUUAACAAUCAUACCAAGCAGUCGU